AUGGCUAACUCAAUGGUUAUUUACCUGGCUUUAACAUGCUUGGUUUUGAGUGCUCCUUUAGCAAACGCUGCCCAAUCAUGUGGCCAAGUGCAACUAACUGUAGCACCAUGCAUUGGUUACCUUAGAAGACCAGGCCCAUCUGUUCCAGCACCAUGUUGCAAUGGAGUUAGAACUGUUUUCAACCUAGCCAAAACUAUCUCCGAUCGUCAAGCUAAUUGUAGGUGUCUCAAAUCCACUUCACUCAGUUUACCUGGACUCAAUCUUCCCGCCCUUGCAGCCCUCCCUGGAAAGUGUGGUAUCAACGUGCCCUACAAAAUUAGCCCCACCAUUGAUUGCAACAAGGUUACGUACUGA